CUUACCAAAUUUAUUAAUUUACCAUCAAAUCUCUCUCUCUCUCCCUCCCUCCCUCUCUAUCUUUUCUGAGGUUGUAGGGCUAUGAAGAACUGAGUCUCUUCCCCUUUUUUCGGAAAAAAAAAUCUGGCAAUCUCUCUCGAAAUGUUCCCAUGAAAAAAAGUUAGCAAAAGCUAGCCAUACCCCCACAUCAUAGAUUUCUAGGUUUUUUUGAUCAUACAAAGAUUCAAAGAAAACCUAGGAAGGAAGGGCAAGAGAGAAAAGUAAAUAGUUCAUAACCCUACUGUUCUUUUCCCACUCCUAUAUAUCAAACCACAUCAUCACCUUCAUGAAAAACCCAGUUCAAAUUAGAUAGAUCCGAUCCAACUCAUUUUGAUGUCCUACUUCUAAGUUCAUCACCUUCUCUCUUUUUGAUUUUGAGUUUUGAGUGCUGGAAUCCAUGGAUUCACUUCAAGGAUUUGGUAGCCCUUCAGACACAAACAGUUCCUCAAGCAACAUCAACCUCAACUCUUCUUCCUCAUCCUCAACCCCAAGCUCUCCUACUGCCACUCUCAGCCGCUACGAAAACCAAAAGCGGCGAGACUGGAACACCUUCGGUCAGUACCUCAGGAACCACCGGCCGCCGCUAUCCCUGUCCCGGUGCAGCGGGGCCCACGUCCUGGAGUUCCUGAGGUACCUUGACCAGUUCGGGAAGACCAAAGUCCACACCCAAAUGUGUCCCUUCUUUGGGCACCCAAACCCUCCUGCGCCGUGCCCCUGCCCUCUGCGCCAAGCUUGGGGCAGCCUUGACGCCCUCAUCGGCCGCCUCCGUGCCGCCUUUGAAGAGCACGGUGGUAAGCCUGAGGCAAACCCUUUCGGGGCUAGAGCCGUGAGGCUCUAUCUCCGCGAGGUUCGCGACUCACAGGCCAAAGCUAGAGGAAUCAGCUAUGACAAGAAGAAGCGCAAGAGGCCACCGCAGUCAGCUAGUACUACUUCUCUUCAAGCAUUAAUGCCUCCAACUCCUCCUCCAGCUCCUCCUCCUUCUAGUAGUGCAAGUCAGUAAGAAAUUAUUAAUAACUAGUUUGGUCUGGGAUCAAAAUAAAUCCUCACUACUCUCUCUAGCAUAAAUAGAUAUUUCAUAUUUCAUAUAUUUUGCUAAAUGUAUGUUUAAUGGUCUAUUGACACUCUUAAUUAGUUCAUCCUCCUGUUGCACUCUGAAAUUAGUAUUGUUAAUUUUAAAGUAA